GUAGUGACGACAGAGGCGAGGAAGUCACGGCUAGAAAGAAUACAACGUUUGUCAAAUUAACGUCAAACGUUGAAUGGUGUUGCAUUUUUAGCUAAAUCUACCCCCUUCCCUAACCUUAACCGAAGCAUCCUGCUACGUUAAUUCUCCUAACCUGCUACAAAAAGUAACAUCUCACAAAAGCUGAAUCCCUUCUAGCCAUGACUAGGCGAGGUCGAGGACAGUCGCAAAAAUAACUCCAAAACGUCUCUCCACAGUCUCACUCCCUGGCAUCAACAGUUUUACGGCAAAUGGAAUAUGGCGGAAGGUGAAACAUCGUUAAACGGGCUGGAGCUCAGUAAGAGAUGGUGGGAUGCUGCGGACUGCGGGGCAGAGAUGCUCCGCUUUGUGGUGGAGCAGGUGCCACAGAUCUACUGCCUGGAGGUGGAGUCCAACUCUCAGGAGGAGGAGGAAGUGGUGCAGAGCCGUCUUCUGCAGCCACUGGAGUGUUUCCUGUUCGGGGAGGACCCUCAGGCCGGCCUGGAGAAGCUCCAGCAGGGCAGUGCCUCCUCACAGCUUUGUGGACGUGUCUUCAAGGAGGGGGAGACUGUCUACUCCUGCAGGGACUGUGCGAUAGAUCCCACAUGCGUACUGUGCAUGGACUGCUUCCAGGACAGUGUGCACAAGGGCCAUCGUUAUAAAAUGCACGCUUCAUCAGGAGGGGGGUUCUGUGACUGUGGGGAUCUGGAGGCCUGGAAGACUGGGCCCUGCUGCUCCAAACACGACCCAGGGGCUCCCACUGCCAUGGAAACGGAUGAGUGUGUGUUAGAGCCUGGUUUACAUGAGCGUGCCCAGAAGCUCUUCCAGGUUCUCCUGCGCUACGCUACAGAUCUGCUGGUGUGGGAGGAGAGCUAUGAGCUAGCAGCAGACCUGCAGCCCAGGGUGAAGGAGGACACAUACUACUGUGUACUGUACAACGAUGAGCACCACUCAUAUGAUCAUGUGAUCUACACCCUGCAGCGCUCUGUUCAGUGUGACCACAGUGAGGCACAUACUCACACAGCCCUCAUCGACAAAGAGGGUCGCCGGGCAGUGAAGCGAGGGAAGCUCCGGUCUUGCCAACAAGCCAAGGACCUCAUCAGGUCCCACUCGGAGCACAUCUCCCUGCAGCCCCUGCGUGUGGAGAUCCUCCACUCUGCAGUCAUGGCCCACCAGAGCUUUGCCAUGCGACUGGGCGCCUGGUUUCAGCAGAUCAUCGGCUACUCAGUGGGGUUCAGGCAGGUGUUCUGCCAGGUGGCUCUGGAGCCCAGCUCCGAGGGUGACCAGCCCAGCCUCAUCAGCCGACUCAUGCUGCACGACUCCAGGCUAUACAAAGGAGCCCGCAAGUUCAUUCAUGAGUUGAUCUUCUGUAGCCUGCUGAUGGAGACUGAGUACAAGAGGCGCUUUGCUAUUGAGUUCACCAAGCAUUACAAACAACUGCAGAAGGACUACACACUUGAUGACCAUGAGAGGAGCAUAUCCAUUACAGCUCUAUCUGUGCAGAUCUUCACCGUACCCACUCUGGCCAGGCAGCUGAUUGAGGAAGGGAAUGUGAUCAAGGUGAUCGUUGACACCGUCAUGGAGCUGCUGUCGGAGCACCUGGAUGCCAACCAUCGCUUCCACUUCCAGGGGUACAACUCAGACAAGUUCUUCCGGAUCCAGGUGAUCUUCCACGACCUCAGGUACAUUCUGAUCAGCAAGCCCUCUUUGUGGACUGAGGAGCUGAGGACCCAGUUCCUGGAGGGGUUCAGGGUCUUCUUGGGGCUCCUCCACUGCAUGCAGGGUAUGGAGGAGGUGAAGCGGCAGUUUGGUCAGCACAUCGAGGUCGAGCCUGAAUGGGAGGCUGGGUUUUCUAUCCAGAGACAGCUACGACACAUCCUCGUCAUGUUCCAGGACUGGUGUUCAUCUGAUGAGACUGUUCUCCUCCUGUCCUUCAGGGAGUGCCACAGGGCGCUGAUGCGCUGCAAUAACCAACCCUUUCAAAGCGAGGCCACAGACUACUACAUGUGUAAACACAUCCUCCAUGUCAGCCCGUACAAGGUGUCCCAGGAGCCUGUCAGCAUACACCUGCCCAUCUCCAGGGCGCUCGCUGGCCUGUAUGUACAGCUGUGUUAUACAGGGGCAGUCAGACGCCUUCCCGAAUUCAUGGAUCCAGAGAGCUGUGACUUCACCUGGUUUGCGGAGCAUCCUCUGCGCUGUGUGGUGCUGGCUGCCCAAGUUUCAGCUGAGAUGUGGCGCAGAAACGGCCUCUCGCUCGUCAGCCAGGUGUAUUAUUACCAUGAUGUAAAAUGCAGGGAUGAGAUGUAUGACAAGGAUGUCAUCAUGCUACAGAUUGCUGCUUCCAAAAUGGACCCCAACCACUUCAUCAUGCUGAUCUUGCAGAGAUUUGAGCUCUUUGAUGUGUUCAAUGGAAGUCUCGCAAGCAAAGACCAAGAACUGCUGAAACAGUGGAACCGGUUAACAGAAGAGAUGCUCUACCUCCUCAUCAUCAUUGUUGGGGAGCGGUAUGUCCCAGGGAUCAGUCACGUGACCAAAGAGGAUGUGACUAUGAGGGAGGUGAUCCACCUGCUGUGUAUUCAGCCCAUGGCUCACAGCAGCCUGGUCAAGGGCCUGCCGGAGAACGAGAGCCAUGAAACUGGCCUGGAAACUGUCAUUCCAAAAGUUGCCACCUUCAAGAAGCCCGGUGUUUCUGGACACGGCUUGUAUGAAGUGAAAAAGGAGUGCCUGCCGGAAUUCAAUCCCUUCUUUUUUCACUAUUCUAAAUCUCAGCAUAGCAAGGCAGAAGAUGCUCAGAAGAAGAGAAGAACUCAGGAGGGCAGUGACAAAGCCCUGCGUCCCCCUGUCCCCCCUCCCUUUUGCCCCGCCUUCUCCAGCAUAGUGCAUCUGCUGUGUUGUGACAUCCUCAUCCACAUCCUCAGACGAGUUCUGCAGAGAGCUGUGGAGGACCGGGCCACCUACUGGACAGAGGCCAUGAUCCAGAGGUCCCUGCACCUUAUAGGCCAGGGUCUGUUGGAGGAGAAGGCUCAGUUGGGAGCCAGCACUGUGGAGCAGGUCACCUUUGACUUCAGCCUCAAAGCUCGCACGAUCGGCUCCGAGCAUAGUAAAUCUGUGUUCCACCUCCUGUCCAAGAUGACGGCUCUUCCUUCCUUGGAAGCCCAGAAGGAUAUGAUUAAGUGGACACUGCAGAUGUUUGAGAUGGUGAAGUGCCUUAGGGAGAAGUCCAGUCCAGCAGCCUCUAUGAGUGUGGAGCAGACCAAGCCAGAAGAGAUCGUCCCUGACAAAGACAAAGCCGAGCGGAAGAGGAAGGCGGAGGCAGCCAAGCUCCAUCGCCAGAAGAUAAUGGCCCAGAUGUCGGCCAUGCAGAAGAACUUCAUUGAGUCACACAAGAUGCUGUAUGACAACAUGCCAGAGAGUUCCCAGGGGGAGCCUGUGGCCUCUAGAGAGAGCUGUGCCAUGGAGCUGGGAGAGUUGUGCGUGGCUGUGGGGCCUCAACGGGGCUCCACCCCAGCUGAGAGGGAGGUGCUGACCUGCAUACUAUGUCAGGAGGAGCAAGAGGUCCAGGCCCGCUCUCCAGCCAUGGUGCUGACCGCCUGUGUCCAGAGGUCCACCGUGCUCACACAGUGCCGGGGGAAGACUCUGGCCAACAAUGAGACCAUGUACCCCCUCUUCAUGCCACCUGACCUGGCUGUGGGGACUCACACUGGCAGCUGUGGCCAUGUCAUGCACGCCACCUGCUGGCAGAAGUACUUUGAGGCAGUCCAGAACACCACUCGGAACCGGCUCCAUGCUGAGCUCAUCAUUGACCUGGAGAACGGGGAGUACAUGUGCCCGCUCUGCAAGUCCCUGUGCAACACUGUGGUUCCUCUCAUCCCCUUGGAACCACUCACACUCAACUAUGAGAAUGCAGAGCUGGUGGGACAGCUCCUCACCCUCCCUCGCUGGAUCCAGAUCCUCUCUGCCAGGAUCAAAGGACUCAAGUCUGUCACUCAGGGACCAGAAAGCAGCAGUGAGACUAUCAGUGACGGAGACACUGCCCUCUGCGGGGAAGGCCAGCCAGACUUCCGCUCCAUCCUCAGCUUUGGAGUAAAAGAGCCGAGGAAGUACUCUGACAGCAUAGCGGAGAUGCUGGUGGUGUGUGCCACCACGGUGCACAGGGUGGGGCUGCAGACAGGCCCUAACGAGCUGUGUCCCGCCGUGCCCGUCAUGUCCUGGAACACCUGUGCCUUCACCAUCCAGGCCAUUGAGAACUUGCUACAGGAAGAGGAUAAGACACUGUUUGGCUCUUUACAAAACAGACAGCUUGCGGGCCUGAAGGCUGUGGUUCAGUUUUCUGCAACCCAACGCCUCAAGAGCUCCCAGGCUGUCAUUCAGAAGCACUUCACAGACAUGUUAGGAGCCUUGUUACCCACCAUGAGUUCAGAGAGCACACCUUCUAUUCUAGAAGUAGACUUCUUCCACCUUCUGGUGGGGCUGGUGCUUGCCAUUCCAGCGCUCUACCAGGAGGAGGCGGUAGACCUGCAGCCCUCUGCUGUCAGCUCUGCCUACAACCACCUUUACAUCCUGCACCUGGUCACCAUGGCCCACGUGGUGCAGGUCCUCCUCUCCUCCACAGAUGACACGGCAGUGUUUGGGGGAGAGGAGGGACAGGCGGAGAGGGCAGCAGUAGAGCUCUAUGCAGCUGUGUCACAGUGUACCGGCGGGCUGAGGUCAGACGUGUCUGGGAGCUCAGUGGCAGACCGAGUGAGGAGAGGGGUCACACCCUUCCUGCGCUGCGCUGCCCUCUUCUUCAAUUGCCUUACAGGGGUGCCCCCUCCAGAGGAGCUCUCCAGUAGUACAGUUACAUCUCAAGGCCAGAUGGAGGCACUGUGCAGUUAUCUGGCAUUGCCCUGCGAUGUGUUCCAGCUCUUCCAGGAGCACCGUGGGACUGUCUUUCCCUUAUUACAGAGAUGGUGUGGGCACCCAGCUGUAACCAAAGCCCUAAAAGGGGAAAUUCAGACAAUCAGUUAUCCCAGGAAAAGGAAUCGGUUAAUUGAGCUUCCUGAGGAUUACAGUGCGCUCCUCAAUCAAGCCAGUCACUUUCAGUGUCCUAACUCCACAGACGAUGAGAGGAAGCACCCCACCCUGUGCCUCUUCUGUGGGACCAUCUUGUGCUCCCAGAGCACCUGCUGUCAUAGCCAGCUUGACGGGGAGGAGGUGGGCGCCUGCACCGCACACGCUGCCACCUGUGGGGCUGGAGUGGGCAUGUUCCUCAGGAUAAGAGAGUGUGAGAUGGUCCUGAUGGCCAGUAAGACACGAGGAAGCACCUACCCAGCCCCUUAUCUUGAUGACUACGGAGAGACUGACCCACAGCUAGGGAGGGGGAACCCCCUGCACCUGUGCCCUGAGAGGUACCGGAAGCUCCACCAGCUGUGGCAGCAGCACUGUAUCCUGGAGGAGAUCGCCCGUAGCCUCGAGGUGGUCAACGUCAUGUUUGCUUUCGAAUGGCAGAUGCUGUGAGCCCAAGACCAGGUUAUGUGUGCUACUGGGUAGGGCCAAGGUCUGGAAGUCACAGCCAGGGGGCACAGCCCACACACACACACACACACACACACACACACACACACACACACCCAUCUACAUAUGUCCUGGCCGGGAGCGGUGCGCCUCUGUGCAGCCAUUCCUCCCCAGGAUCCGAAAGGGAGUGCAGAUAGGACAGAGAGCGAUGAGGAGGUGGUUGGGAACUGAAGUUGCCUUGUUUGAAUUUGUCUGCUGUGAGAGGGCUAUGAGUAAUGAUAGGAAUAACGUUCCCCUUCUCCAUAGAAAAGCUCAUUAAAGGAAAAUACUUCUAUCAAACACCCCAGUAUCUUUAUGCCGUCAGCUUGUGUAUAUAAAAUCUCUCCCAAGUGAUGCUGUGAAUUUUCUGCCAUCUCCUUUUGUUUUAAGACUUUAUAGAGAUGAUAAAACAAUGGCUUUAGUUAGUCUUGCAGUGUGGGAGUUGUUUACUCUUUUGCAAAUGUCUUUGGGAUCAUGCUUCCUGUUUCUAUAUUUUUUGCUUUCUGUCACAGUAGACUGUUUGCAUGGCACCUAGCCCAUGUUACUGAUCAUCACCCUUUUUAAAUGAUAUAAAUAGAUGUCUUUCCACAAAUAGAGUACAUUUUGGGUAGUGUAACUUGGUAAAAAACAUUGACAUAAAGAACAUGUUCAACUUAAUAAAAAACAUGUUUUCCAUCUCAAGGAGUUAAAUUUAAAAAAGGACUACCAAGGGCCAGUAAAGUGGCAUUAAAGUAACAUGGUUUAGGUUUUCAUCUUAAAUCAGUCAUGCAUCUCCCUGUUACAGGGGGAAUGAAAGCUUCUUGUGUGCAAAAUGUAGAGGCAAUUGAAUGCAAACGUCAGACAUAAAAAAUACAAAUAAAUGUUAAAGCAUUUCAAGCCUUUCAAGCCAACAGGGUUGACGUGGUAUGCUUGACAGACUCCACCACAAAACACCAGAAAAUUGCCAAAAAUAGUAGAUCCAGCUCACCUGUUUUUUACACUAUGAUUUCUCUGUUAGAUGUUCAAUGUUUCUUUUGAAAAAACAUUUUAAAAAGGAAAUGAUUCACCAUAUUAAACCGAGAGUUCCGUUUACUCACCAGGAUUGAUUUAAUCACUUAUCACAUAAAUAAUUAUUUAUCUUCAGAAUUGACUUCGUCAAAACAACAAAAUAACUAGAGCUUUACAAUGAUGGUGAGAACUUGGAGACGUUCUGGGGUUAAAAUCUUCCUAGAAGUCUGAACAUGACGAGGGACAUGUCAAAAUUGUGACUUUAGCAAGUCUAUAUUCAUAUUAAAUAUCUGAUUUCUUGAAUUUUCCAUGUGGUCAAUAUUAAAUGGCACAUCAUUUUAAUGUAAUGUGCUUCUAAAAUUCAGUAUUGGAGCACAAUUUCUGUUUAAACAUUUAAAGGGAUGCAAAAGGUACUCUAUUCGUGGAAUGACCCAGGUAAUGUACAGUGCCUUCAGAAAGUAUUCAUACCCCUUGACUUAUUACACAUUUGGUUGUGUUACAGCCUGAAUUCAAAAGGGAUUAAGUAGUUUUUUCUCACCCAUCUACACACAAUACUUCAUAUU